UCCACUCACGUCGCGCGCUAAAUUUGUUUUGGGUUGAAGUAAAUUCAAGGAACAACAUCACAAAAGGGGUAUCGGACGCACACAACUAUUUUUUAACGGCUUUCUUCUUGUUGUUUUCGGACUAAACUUGUUUUAUAUUAUCCUUACAAAAUGUCACAACAAGCUGGUUACUCACCUAGUUUCAAAAGACCAGCUGAAAUCCUGCGAAUGCGGAAGAAGAGAGCCCACAGCGAGGGUGUCAGUUCUGGCGGCCGAGGCGCGAUUUCUAACCCGUGUGGGGGUGCCUCUAUAUCCGCUGUUCGACCAUUCUCCCCAGGACCCCUGUUCGGCCAGGGUCGCUCUGGAGGGGGAGUGAAGCGGAGAAACCCAUUUGCUAGCAUCGAGAACACCUUCAGCAGCCCGGCGAAGAAGAAAGUCUUUAUUUACACUGAUGAUGACGACGCCGACUCGUCGGAUUCUGUGAAGCCGGGCGGCUCUGCAGGAGUUGAGGGAGAGAAGUCACCAACAAGAACGCUGCCAUUUAGUGAACGACUUCUCCAGGCAGAAGAACUAAGCAAAGACGUGCCUAGCAAGAAACCAACUUCUCUGUCCGAAGACGACUCACUGUUUGAAGAUGAGGAUUUGUUCCAGGAGGAGAGAACACCCAAACUGGAGAGUCCCCAGGCUGGUGCAGUAACCUCCAUAGCAGCCCCUGCGUGUGUGGAGUACCCUGCAGACUGGAGCCUGAAGACACGUCUCCUUUUCACCUCCCUGCUCCCCUUCUCCUGGGCUGUACAGCCCAGAGCUACAGAUGAGGCCCAGGGUCUUACCCAGCAUUGUAGAGGACAGUACACCACUAUACCACAGAGUAUACAGGACCCUCGGACAUCUGCUGAGCUACGAUGUGGGUUCCAGCAGUGUCUGCGGUUCUGGCAGCACCCGUCCCUGUCCUGGCUCUCUCUGUUCCCCCGGAUAGGAGCAGAUGGAAGCUUCACUGGCAAGAACGUCCCCUGGGCCCAGGACAUGGCACUUCAACAGAGCCUCAUGAGUGAAUGGUCAGUGAGCCUGUCUUCCCUGUACAGUCUAUUGAAGGCCAGACUAUGUCCAUAUUUCUAUGUGUGUUCCUACCAGUUCACUGCUCUUUUCAGAGCCUCGGGACUGGCGGGGAACAGCAACAUCACUGCACUACUCACCCCAACCACCAGGGGGCUCAGGGAGGCCAUGAAGUCUGAUGGUAUUGAGUUCACACUCCCCCUGCUGGAAGAGAGGAGGAAGAGCAAGGAGCAGGGAUCAACCGCACACAACCAGGAGACAGAUGGAGAGGAGGAGGAGACACAGUCUGAAGCCAGUGACAAGGAAGACGAUGGUGGGUUUUCCUGGCUGACGGAGAUGGGAGUGCAGGAUAAGAUUAAGAAACCAGACAACAUCUCCAUCAAACUGCACAAAGAGCGCAACUCGGUGUGUUUAGACCACAAACCAGAGUCUGUAGUCUGUGUGUCGGGAACGCACACCUUCACUCUCAUCAAUUUCCUCAUCAACUGUAAGAGCCUGGUGGCAGGGGCUGGAUCACAGGCAGGCCUGCCCCCCACCCUACUGGCCCCUACAGCCUUCAGAGGAGCUACGCUACACUCACUCAAGGCGCGUAGUGUGAACGUGAAGACCCAGGUGCGUGCUGGGUACCAGGAUGUGUGCAGUCUAGAGGUGACGGGACCCAUAAUGCCUCAUUCUCUCCACGCCCUGACCCGCAUGCUCCGGCCUGCUCAGAGAGGAGGCUUCAGCACCGUCAGUCACACACACGAACCCACCGCUGUCCUCAACACGCACACCACCACCAGGGAACAGGCUGAGCAGGCUGUAGAGCUGGAUGGAUGUGGUCUUCAUCCCAGCACCAUCCAGCAGCUCCAGGAGCCCUCUACCUUGGGGAGGUCUCCCCUCAGACAGCUCCAUUUGAACAACUACUCCUACACAUGGAAGUCCUGAGAGCAACUCACCCUGCCUCUAUCAGACUGCCC